GGUAAGGUUCUUCUUCGAUGACCCUCUGUUUCCUGCUAGAUACAUAGAUAUAUAGACACACAUAUACAACAAUUUGGGUAAUUUUGAAAAUUAAAACUUAGAUCUACCAAAAUCCAUCCAUUUGAUCCGACUGAUUCUUGGGUAUGUCGGUCAAUGGCAUGAGGGGAGUCUGAUGGUCAGUUCCGAUCGUCUAAAUCCGUCGUGGACGGUGGCCUGACACAACAAUAAUCCCUAAUAUUGUGUCCGUUCUUCUUCAUAUAUUUCUCUUUUGAUUUUUGAAAUUGACACAAAUUAGUUAGAUCACCAUUUAUUUGUCAAUUUGUUUAGUUUAGUUAUGGAUAUUGAGUAUUCCAUUGUGGAACUUAGAAGGGUAGGUAGGGGGGGGGGGGGAUGGAUUAAUGCAUCUCAAGGAAGGAAAGGGUCGUUGCUUGAAGUCCAUAACAUUAGGAUUUUCUUCGUCUUUCUUGCUUUCUGUUGGUUUUAGGCAAAGGAUGGUGGUAAGCUUCAAGGAGGAGUCCCACUGGACCCAGUUCCUCUUUUAGUUCCAUCCUAGUCAGACAAAAUAAAAUGUGGUGGUUCCACGGAUAUAGUAUAGUGGUAAAACACUUAAAAAUUUUACUGGCAAUAACAUUAAAAGGCAAGUCUGGCGUGGAUUGCACCGGAUGUUAAGCUUUAAAUGUGUAUAAAUUGUGUUCGUAUCCGAAUUUAUUCGGGAGUAUAUUAGAGGGAAGGUCAUUCGUUCUUAGGGAUUAGUCGAGCAAAGUACAGACAUCCCAAAUAAAUAAAAAUAAAAAUAAAAAUGUUGUGUCCCUGUUUGAGUCCAAAAUACAUAUCCACCAAUCACAAUUAAUAUCAUCAAUCACAAUGAAUGGAUUGCGUUGAUUGAUGUUUUUGAUACUAUUAUUAUAACUUUCAUUAUUAAUUCUGCUAUUGAAAGCAAUGUUGGUUGUAUUUGUGUUAGUAUCUAUCAAUAUUAUUGUAGUAUUACUUGUGUUAUUGAUAAUUUUAGUUUUAAUUGUGCCAUUGUCACUAUGGUACAUAACAGUAAUAGUUAUUAUUAUUGUAGUAUUAAUAAAUCCCAUUAAUCUGUUAAUAUAUUAAUCUCAUAACAUUAUACUAUAAUAUUAAGUAAUAAUGAGUUACUACCAUUAACAAUAUACUGUUAGUAAUAUCUUGAAUAAUAUAUUAUAGUAUUUAAUCUUGCAACAUUGAUAUUAUAAUUACUAAACUUAAUAUGAAAUACUAAUAAUAUGAUAACGAUACUAGAGUAAUGCCAUCAUAAUAAUACCAUAAUAAUGCAAGUGUUAUAAUAUUAAUUGCAUGAUAGUAUAGGAGGAUGCAAUUAUUUUUUAAAAAAAUUCAAAUUUUUUAUUUGUUUCAAAAAAAAAAAAAAAAAAAAAAAACUUAAAAAAUGUUAUGAAAUGAACCCUUAAUUUCUUAUAAAGUUUCUAAAUUCUAACAUUGUUUCCUUUGCCAAAUUAUCUAGUCUUGAUAAUUGAUUGGUUGGUCUAGGCAGUUCUUUCUUUGAUAUUGUCAUGUUUCUUGAUUGCAAAGUCCUGAUCUAUUGUCCGACGCUGUUAUGGCAGCGGAUCAUUAGGGGUGUGGACCCCUAAUUAUGAGGGUGAGACUCAAUUGAGUUUCACCCCAAUGAUCUGUUGUCACAUCAACAUAUGUUGCUCAACACGUGCAACAGAUCAGUUUUGCUUGAUUGCAUAGCCUUCUUCAUUUGUAAUGACAUCUAGCUGAGGUAUAAAGGAUAAGCAGUUGUUGCUGCUCAUCCACCAGUUGUUUUUCUUCAUUUCAUGGGGGAGAUGGGGAUCUAUCACUAUCUUGGGAAUAGCCUCGUGGCUCGUAAGGGCUUCUUCUUCUUGUGUUUAGCUCGGUCCUUUAAGGAUGUUCGCCUUCCUUACCCUAGCCACAAAGUUGCUAAGAAACCCCUGAUUGAUUAGCGUCUGGAUCUCUGUAUAAAGUUGCUGGCACUUUUUAUAUCAUGCUCGUGAUCAUGAUUGAAACGACAAUAUUUAUUUUGGUUCCUUUUAUAAGCUGAUGUCUUCAUGGGAUAGGGCCUCCUAAGAUAAGUCUUUAUCCUCAAUAAUGGCCAUCAGCACCUCUGUUCUGCUAUUGUUUAAGAGAGUAAAGCGCAUCGAGCUCCUUCCAAGUAUUAGCGGAGUCCAAUUUGUCUUGGACUCUUACCCUACGAUUUUCCAUCUAUAGUUCUGUAAUUUGUUUGGACUUUUUCUCCUUAGUGGUCGCCUGGACGAGCAUGGGAGAGGAAAAAUAUUCCACGUGGUCGAUAGCGUCAGUGGUUCCAUCAUAAAGCUUGAUAGCCGGAUUACGGAACUUGUUCAAGGGCACCUUGGUCACGAUGACUCAGUUCGGCGGUUGGCUUGGUCCUGUGGAUUGAGGCUCCUUAGUCGUCUUCUUUAGCUCAAACAAUCUCCUUUUAGAAGAGUCGAAGUCGCUUCUUUUACGAAGUCUCACCUCUCGAGAGGAGAAAGAACUAGAUAGAGGCUUCCCAUUUUGAGUGGCGUUGCUCACGCUCGAAGUGGCAAGAAUUUCGGUUCUCCUGUUGGUGUUGAUCAUCUCACUAGUGCUGUGCUGCUCGUUCUACUAGCAUUAUUCUUCAUUCUAGUGCUGUUGCUCGAUCUGUCCAGGGCUGGACCUUUCAUGAGGCCCAUGAGGCGGUUGCCUCAGGGCCCAUGAAAUAGCAUUUUUAAAAAUACUAUGUUAAUGAUCAAGAUUGAUGAUGUUGAACUAAUCACGGAGGUCUGUUUUGAACCGGGCAUUUACAAAAGUGGGUUUUUUUGGUCUCUUGAAAGAACCCUAAGAUCAAGUUAUUAAGAAGAAAAUGAGUUAAUAUAAAGUAAAUUGCCGUUGUCAUAAUAAUCAUGGCGGGGUGUAGGAGUUAAUUCUUAUUUACAAACAAUGUAAAAUGAGCCCCAAGAAGUGUCCACUUGGGCUUUUCUAUGCUCGCGAUGGAUCUAAAGGUAAUUCUACUCGAGGGGGGGUCCCUCUCUGACUAAUUUUGAGAACACGUGACAUUUCCUUAUCCAAAUACGUGGUGACUUCGACUUCAAAUUAUGCGUGGCAAUUACUGAACUCAUAAAGGUUCUUUCCUCCCGGAACAUACGUCAAGGAUAUAUAUACAAUACAAUGAUUAAGUAAAAUGAAAAGAAGGAAAUUGUAAUCUUUGACCGGAGCAGAGCAACGUCCGAAUACAAACAACCGUGACCCUUCUUAAUUCCUUAAUUCCCCAUUAAUCCAUUUCUUCCUCAAUUAAGCAUGGCGAUACUGUAUUGCUGCGCUGCAAUAGUUGCAGUAUUGCUGAUUUCGGUGGUGGUCCAAUCCAUUCUCCGCAAGCUCCGCCGUUUCCCACCAAGGCCUUUCCCCACCCUCCCUCUUGUCGGCCACCGUCACCUCUUCCGACAACCCCUCCACCGGAGCUUAGCUGAUCUCUCCGCCCGCGAUGGCCCAAUUCUCCUUCUCCAGUUCCUAUCACGGACGGUCCUCUUGGUGUCUUCCCCUUCAGCGGCCGAAGAAUGCUUCACCAAGAGCAACGUCAUAUUCGCCAACCGCCCUCAGCUCCUGGCCGGGAAGCUCUUGGGUAACAACUGGCGGAACCUCCGCCCGAUCCCCGCCCUUGAAAUCUUCGCGGCCCCCAACCUCCGGACCGUCUUCAGCAUACUCGCCGAUGAAGUGUGGUUAAUGCUCCAGCGGCUCCGCUUGAACCCUCCGAUCCAGGCGGUGAAUAUGAAAACUGUGUUCUACGAGUUGAUGAUUAACGUAAUGACCAGUAUAAUAGCCGGAAAGAGGUAUUACGACGAAAACACGGCGGAGGAGGAGGAGGCGAAGCGGUUCCGGAAGAUGGCGGGGGACAUGUUCGGAAUAGGCGGCGCGUCGAGCGUGGCGCCGGUGCUGAGCUGGGUUGCACCGAAGAGGUCGCAGGCGAAGAGAGAUGGGUUUAUGCAGGAACUGAUAGAAGACCACAGAAGACGAAUGGCCGCCGGCAAUGGCGGGGACUCAGAGGCGGACGGAAGGAAGACGCUGGUGGAGUUAUUGCUGUCACUGCAACGACUGAAUCCCACAUGUUACACGGAUGAAGUGAUUAGAGGCAUGAUGACUGUUGUAUUAGCUACUGAAACCGAUACUACAGCUGGGAUCAUGGAGUGGGGGCUUUCACUUCUUCUGAACAAUCCGGAGUCUUUACGGAAGGCACAGUCCGAAAUCGAUACAUUCGUGGGUCAUGACAGUCUGAUUUGCGAAUCGGACGUGGCAGGUCUGCCCUAUCUCCGCUGCAUCAUAAACGAGACAAUGCGGAUGCACCCAGCGAGUCCGCUCCUCGUGCCUAACGAUUCCUGCGACGACUGCACCAUAGGAGGCUACAACAUCCCACGGGGCACCAUGCUACUGGUGAACAUGUGGGCCGUACAAAACGACCCGAGGAUCUGGGCGGAGCCCGAGAAGUUUAUGCCGCAGAGAUUCGAAGGGCCGGAGAGAGCAGAAUCCGGGGACGGGUUGAAGUUGAUGCCAUUUGGGUCAGGCAGAAGGUGCUGCCCCGGGGAAGGCUUGGCUCGGCGGAUGGUCGGCUUGGCAUUGGGAUCGCUGAUUCAGUGCUUUGACUGGGAAAGGGCGAGCCAGGAAAUGGUUGAUAUGAGUGAAGCCACAGGAGUGACUGGACUCGGCUUGACCAGGUCUCGGCCGUUGAUGGCUAAGUGCAAGCCUCGUGCCAUACUGGCCAAUCUCCUCUCACCAGUUCCCCUCAGUUCAGCUGUUUUGGAGUAGCACUUGGCCUUCAAUUUCAGUUUGAAUUAUUUUUGAAAUGCAUAAUGAAUGCACACACACUUGGUGAGCUUAAUUUGUGCAGUUUUGAAUUGUCUAUAAUAAUUUAUAACUUCAUUAUUAUAUUAAAAAAUUAUUGGAAUAGAACCACAAA